GUCAGCAAAAUGGACGCCCCCCUCAGAUGACAUUGCCUGACGACUAUGAAGCCCAUGAAGACAUUGACUCGGAACUGGGCCUCGUCCGGCAUCACUUCCAGUCCCGUGCCGCUAUGCAUCAGCAGAAGAAGCCUUCAAAUUGGUCCCAGACGGUAUGCAUCAGGCCCAUCAGGCGUGAGGCAACCCACCGCAGAAGUCACUUCCGCUGCCGAGAUCGCGAGUGCUCGGACCUACUGUCUGGAUCUGCUCCGGAAGUACGACACUCCGUCAUCUCUGCUUCUUCCAUAUAUUCCCAGCCAUGCUAGGGAUGCAUAUGUCGCCCUGCGAGCCUUCAACAUCGACGUGGCUCGGACCGCAGACACGACCUCUACGCCGACUAUUGGGAUGAUGCGGCUCCAGUUCCAUCGAGAUGCGAUCGCGAAGUCUCUGGCCGGUACGCCACCGAAGCAGCCGAUCGCUCUGAUGAUUGCUCAAGCCGCGGACGACCUUCAAGCCAGGACGGGAGGGAGGUCGAAUUUUAGUAGGAACUGGUUCACUCGAAUCGUCGACACCCGCGAAAAGUACCUUUCGAACCCUCCUUAUCCCAAUAUUGCUGCGCUCGAAAGCUAUGGCGAGAAUACCUACAGCACCUUGCUCUACCUCACACUACAAGCUCUGCCCAUGGCUAGCGUGACGGCUGACCAUAUAGCUUCUCACAUUGGGAAAGCAAUCGGCAUCUCGACUGUGCUGCGUGGUUUGCCUCUGAUCGCCUUCCCCGGGCCCGCCAAUUCUCACAGCAAUCAAGGCGCUCUUGGCGGCGAUGUUGGUGCUUCACGGCGUGGCGCUGUGUUACUUCCUCUGGACGUGAUGGCAGAGGCCGGUGUGCGUGAGGAAGACGUUCUACGCAAUGGUGCUGAAGCCCAAGGUCUUCGCGACGCUGUCUUCGCUGUUGCAACUCGCGCGAACGACCACCUCAUUACUGCCCGUCAGUUGCUUGCCACGAUACGAGCAGGUGGGGAGGCCGAUCACGAGUUCGAGCAUAAAGACGAGGAAGAGCACGUCCACCUGCCCUCUAUCGGUCGGGUGGAGACACCAGCGCAGGAAGUUGAGCGUGCUUUCGGUGUCUACAUGCCAGCACUUGCCACUCAGAUGUGGCUUGAUCGCUUACAGCAGCAUGACUUUGAUGUCUUCAGUGCGAAGCUCAGGGUAACCGACUGGAAGUUACCAUUCAAGGCAUACUGGGCAUACAGUCGGCGAAAGUUUUGAUUAAUCGAUACGAUACAAGCCGCGGUCCACAAUUAGUGGAAAUCAAUAUCGUUAUCGCCAUCCCAGGCCUCUUGACAGGCAAGGCUGGUAGGGAACGCCUUCAGCAUGAACCUGCCACAACCGACCGACGCAGAGCAGUGGCACCGUCCAUGCUCACUUGACACAGCGGCACACUGAGAUAGACAUCGCCAUGUACGAUAGACUCUGCUGGCCUAUAGAAUUUAAUGUUUGGUGGUCACACGCUUUCUUGAACUGCUGUAGUUAUAACACGUCCAGUAUAGCGACUU